GACAGCGGUGUCUUCUUCGACUUCGCGGUUGAAAAGUGUCGGCUAAAAACAGAGACAGAACUUGAACCUGUACAUUCUGAAUAAUGUUCAACAGCAAUGGCCACUUACUCCAUGCUGCAGGACAGAAUCAGGGUAGCCAAGGAGCUGCUUGAGCGAGUGAACAAGAUUUGUAGUCGGCAAGGCCGUGAUAUUGAGGGUCGUGCUAAAUUGUGCAGUAAGCUCCGAGCUGAGCUCAAGUUCCUGCAAAAGGUGGAGGCUGGCAUGGUCGUGAUCAAGGAGUCUCACCUACAAAGUACCAAUCUUACGCACCUGAGGGCCAUCGUGGAGUCAGCUGAGAACCUAGAGAAUGUGGUGAGUGUCCUGCAUGUGUUUGCCUAUGAAGGACCUGAUGGGCAGAAGCAGACAUUGGUGGUUGAUGUAGUGGCAAAUGGCGGACACACAUGGGUGAAAGCCAUUGGGCGCAAGGCUGAGGCAUUACACAAUAUCUGGCAAGGCCGUGGCCAGUAUGGGGAUAAAAGUGUGAUACGGCAAGCAGAAGAUUACUUUGAGGCCAGUCAGCAGCAGCCUGUGCAGUACAGCAAUCCUCAUAUUAUCUUUGCUUUCUACAAUGGUGUGUCCAGCCCUAUGGCUGACAAGCUGAAAGAAAUUGGUAUAUCUGUAAGAGGUGAUAUUGUUGCUGUUAAUACAAUGAUUGGAGGUGGAGAGGAGGAAGUGGAGGAUGAAAGUAAAGACAAACAUAGUUUGGAGGAAGAGAACCACGAGGUAGAGGAUGAAGUUGUGCAGGAGAAAGAGGAGGAGGAGGAGGAGGAGGAGGAUGUUAAUGACGAUGACGACGACAGUGAUGAUGCAGACCUCAUGCACACUCGAGUCGACAGAGACACCAUUGUGGCCAGCCUUGCCUUCCCCACUGAGGUGAAGGUAGACGUUUGCAACAGGGUCAACCUUGACAUCACUACACUGAUCACUUAUGUGUCUUCCCUCAGCCAUGGUAACUGUCACUUCACUUUUAAGGAGGUGGUGUUGACUGAACAAGCCGCACAGGAACGGCAAGAGAAAGUCCUGCCCAAGCUGGAGGAGUUCAUGAAGGGAAAAGAGCUGUUUGCUUGUCAUUCUGCCGUUGAGGACUUCCACGUCAUCCUGGACACAUUAGGAGGCCCAGGGGAAAAAGCCAGAGCGGAGGAGCUGCUAGCCAGGCUAAAGGUGGUUCCAGACCAGCCCUCUGAGCGCACCAAACGCUUAGUAAUUAGCUCAAAGGUGAACCGUAGAUCACUGAUGAUCUUUGGGACAGGAGACACAUUGCGGGCUGUCACUAUGACUGCAAAUAGCGGUUUUGUUCGUGCUGCUGCUAACCAGGGUGUGUGCUAUAGUGUGUUCAUCCACCAGCCCCGCGCACUCACUGAGGGGAAAGAAUGGAGAGCAACUCCGAUAUGUGAGAAAUAAGACUAAAAAGCUGUAAUAGUAAUGUGUUAUCAAUGAGGCAUUUAGGAGGGUACAGUAUUAGAAAUGGACAGAGUUGUUAAUUUCAUGCUUAAAGCAAGACACUUAUGAGAGGCACUACUGUACAGUUGCAAAUAAAUUGCACAGCUGGUCACAGAUACAGACAUUGUGCAAUCUUUUUGUAACUCUUUAUGUAAACUCUGUGAGCUCAGUGCCUCGAUUGCAGAACUUCAAUGCAAAGCCAGUAUAGAUGUCAAAUUAGCCAAAUGUAUCAUCAUCAACAAAAAUAUUGUUUAAAAAAGAAGUGUUUAAACAAAAGCAUAUAUUUCUUUUUAAAGCCUUUGUCUACCUGAUUCAGUUUUUUUUUUUUUUUUUCAGUUUAGCUCCCUUUUUUAAACCCAUCAGCCUAGCUGAUUAUUGUUUUCAGUAAUUCUUGAUUCUCACAUACAUUUUUGCAUAAGAGUACAAAAUAAAUGAAUAUAAGCAAAAAUAAAUAUCCUUCAAAUGAAUUAUCACAUUAAGAUUAUCUCUGUGAGAUUCAUCAAUUUGUCUUUUAACCCUGGAGCAUCCCUCUUUGAACAUAAGCUGUUUGUAAACUGGAUCGAGUGUGCACGUACACUAUAUUGCCAAAAGUAUUCGCUCACCCAUCCAAAUAAUUGAAUUCAGGUGUUCCAAUCACUUCCAUGGCCACAGGUGUAUAAAAUGAAGCACCUAGGCAUGCAGACUGCUUCUACAAACAUUUGUGAAAGAAUGGGCUGCUCUCAGGAGCUCAGUGAAUUCCAGCGUGGUACUGUGAUAGGAUGCCACCUGUGCAACAAGUCCAGUCGUGAAAUUUCCUCGCUACUAAAUAUUCCACAGUCAACUGUCAGUGGUAUUAUAACAAAGUGGAAGCGAUUGGGAAUGACAGCAACUCGGCCACGAAGUGGUAGGCCACGUAAAAUGACAGAGCGGGGUCAGCGGAUGCUGAGGUGCAUAGUGCGCAGAGGUCGCCAACUUUCUGCAGAGUCAGUCGCUACAGACCUCCAAAGUUCAUGUGGCCUUCAGAUUAGCUCAAGAACAGUGCAUAGAGAGCUUCAUGGAAUGGGUUUCCAUGGCCGAGCAGCUGCAUCCAAGCCAUACAUCACCAAGUGCAAUGCAAAGCGUCGGAUGCAGUGGUGUAAAGCACGCCGCCACUGGACUCUAGAGCAGUGGAGACGCGUUCUCUGGAGUGACGAAUCACGCUUCUCCAUCUGGCAAUCUGAUGGACGAGUCUGGGUUUGGCGGUUGCCAGGAGAACGGUACUUGUCUGACUGCAUUGUGCCAACUGUGAAGUUUGGUGGAGGGGGGAUUAUGGCGUGGGGUUGUUUUUCAGGAGCUGGGCUUGGCCCCUUAGUUCCAGUGAAAGGAACUCUGAAUGCUUCAGCAUACCAAGAGAUUUUGGACAAUUCCAUGCUCCCAACUUUGUGGGAACAGUUUGGGGAUGGCACCUUCCUGUUCCAACAUGACUGCGCACCAGUGCACAAAGCAAGGUCCAUAAAGACAUGAAUGAGCGAGUUUGGUGUGGAAGAACUUGGCUGGCCUGCACAGAGUCCUGACCUCAACCCGAUAGAGCACCUUUGGGAUGAAUUAGAGUGAAGACUGCGAGCCAGGCCUUCUCGUCCAACAUCAGUGUCUGACCUCACAAAUGCGCUUCUGGAAGAAUGGUCAAAAGUUCCCAUAAACGCACUCCUAAACCUUGUGGAAAACCUUCCCAGAAGAGUUAAAGCUGCAAAGGGUGGGCCGACGUCAUAUUGAACCCUAUGGAUUAAGAAUGGGAUGUCACUUAAGUUCAUAUGCGUCUAAGGGCAGAUGAGCGAAUACUUUUGGCAAUAUAGUGUAUAUGCAGACAGGGGCUAGUUGUCGGACUUUUUACUCCAGUGAGUAUUUCCCAAAGUAGGUUCAUUUUUGAAAGUCAAUUUCUGCAUAGUCACAUACCUUGAAGUCUUGGCUACCAAAAAGCUUCAGAACAUUUCCACAGUUUUUGCUCAGGGAAAUUAUUUUUUUUUUUUAAUAUGCUGUAGGUUGACCUUUUAUGACAACUUGCUCCCAAUACAUGUGGUAUGUUUUUAUAAAGGAACCUGCCAUUAAACCAGUGGUAAAGGUUUCAUGUGACUAUUGGGGGGAAAAUGUUCACCUGUCGUCCCCCCUACUGUGUAUUAGAAAUACAUAGUAGUGCUAGGAUAUUAUUAGGUUUCCAUUCCAAGGAAGCAGGUGUUUGGCUGUCCGUUAUCCUCAGAAUUAGAUGUCAAAUAACAUGACAGGCAGAUGUGGCAUGAAAAUGUGUACCUUCAAUUAGAGCUCUCUAUGGCAAUUUGAAUGGAAAGUGUUAGAACGAUAAAACACCAUGCCCAUCAGCUACAUUUGUGUCCUUUUCUGACAGCGUUAUGCAGUUCCCCAGGGGACCUCUAGGCGGACAAUUCCAGCUAAAAAGACAGUUCUAUGUGACGGUAAUGUUGUAAUAUAACAAGAUAGACUGCGUCUCUGCUGUACAUCAGAUGCUGUAUUGACAAGAAGCUAGACACCUGAGUUACCAAAGUUGCAAGCUGCAAGAAAUAAAACUAAAAAAAAAAAGCGCACGUAAAGAUAUAGAAAGCUAUUUGUAGUUGGAAGGUCAAAUGUAUGACGGAGACCGCUAAGUUAUGUGCAAUAAGAUAACGCGCUCAGAUAUGUUAGCAUAUGUAAGUAACUUGGUAGUUUGUUGGUGAAGACCAAGCCCAAGCCAAGGCUGUCAGCAGUGCUGAUCCCUUCUGAGUCAAGCACUGAGGCUAAAGAAAUUACCUAUAGCAGCCAAGCUAACAAGACGUCGAACACGCGAGUGCCUGUUUUGGGGGUAAGUGUGUGAUUUGAACACUCUUUUGCCACAACUGUGAUUGUAAUGAGACAUUGCCAUUCACUGUAUUUGUCAGCCGAUUUGAUUUACCAUGUACUUAGUUCUCAAAGGAGCGGUAGGGUUUUCCCAGUUAGCUGCAGAGUGCUAAAGACUGAAUCCUCCCUUUUCCCGUAACACGGAUUUAGCGCGACAUCAGCGUUUAAUACAACAGAAAAGCACUCGCUAUUUCACUCUCGAGAUGUGCACGCGAACUCCACAAGCAGCUCGAGCGUGUCAUGAUGUUGUCUUGCUAGCUCAACAGCAGUCAUUAGCACACUACCAAUGACCACUUUCUGAAUCAGUGUUAUAUGGUUUGUUUUGAAUGAUAGGACUCAGGCGUCAGGCCACGACAAUACUUUUAUUCUUGUGUGACUGUAUACUUGUGCUUAAGUAAAUGCACAAUUUUUUUAGUUUUCAUGUAAAUGACUAGAAACGGAACAGGUGUCAUAUCAUGUAAGCUAUGAUAUAAUUUUUGAGGAAUGUAUUACUACCCUUAGCCAGAACUUGUUUAUUUCUUUGUCAGGGGAAUAGGUCUCCACCCUAGCCGAUAUUUGAGCAGUAAUUUGAAAAGAAAACGUCUCACCUGCGUCUUCUGGUAAAACCUUUCCAUAACUUUAUAUAGGCUCUUCUGGCUAAAGGAAACAGAAGAGGACGCAGAAAUCACUAAGAUAUACAUAGGUUUGAAAAAUGAAACUGAUCUCACUGUAAUUACAUGCUUGCGGUGCCAAACCACUUUUUAUAGGCCUUUAUCAUGCUUGAUCGGAGAUUAUCUCCCUAUUGCUGCAAAUGGCAAUUAGAACAGGUUAAAGAAGUCCUAUCGUAUGUAAGUGGUCAUGAAGAGUGGAGAGGGUUAUAUGGAAAGCUGAUUUAGCUUUUAAUGCUCCCAGCAUUACUCGUAAGUGCAUUUGGGCUGCAUCUAACAAUUAUUAUUAUUUUUUAUCGAUUAAUCUAACAAUUCUUUUUCCAAUUAGUCGAUUAAUCUAACGAUUCAUUUGCCGAUUAUUCUAAAGGUUUUUUUUAUAAUUAUUACUUGAUUAAUAUAACAAUUAAUUAACCCAAAAUAAAUAUAAAAAAUGUAUAUUUCAAUAUUUUAUUAAAUCAUCUCUUAAACACAAACAAAUGUACAAGAAACAAUGUGUGCACUGCAGGGCAUUAUUCUGCAAAAACAGUGUUAUUAUGAAUGCAAACUUUAAUACAGUGGAAAAAAAAAUAUUAGCAUAGCAUAAAUAUAUAUAUUUAUGUAUUUAAACUAGCCUUUCAAUGACUUGUUAAAGGUGUUUGCCAAGAAAAACAAUGUAAAUGUAAGUUUGUACAUGAUUGCAUCAUGUCUUGCUGGGAAACGAUUGACUGAAUAAGAAUAUUGAUGACAAUAUUGCUUCUGAAUAAAUUAUAUCUACACCACAAUUGGAAAAAAUUCCCAAGCAACUUUUUUACCCGGACAAGUGAAUUAACAAUUUACUUGUCCGAAGGACAAGCAUAUGACAAUCCUUAAUGUCAAGCCCUGAAUUGAAAUUCUUACAAGUAAAAAUGCAAUUAUGUUGAGUAAUGCUGAGAGCAUUAAAAGAUCAUUUGGCUUACCAUAGGGUUAGCGUGACUUGAUCUUCUUAGUUUCAAAUACUCAACAGGAUGUUUACAGUUAAGGAUGGUUGCAUACCUCAUAACAUAGGCAGAUGCAGCCUCAAGCAUUUAAGUGAAAUAUACAAAUAUCACCCUUUUAUGUGGGGUACUCAGACGUUAUAAAUCUGGUCUAAAUUAUAUUUAGAAUACUGAGUAAAAACCAUUACAAAUUACACUAAGAAUGCUAAUAUCAUUUUAAAGCAAAGGAGCAGAGAUCUUUAUGGGUUUAAUCUCUUGACAAGACGAUCUGCUCAUCAAUGAUUUCCUCUGACAUUGGUGUUUGUGUGAAUUAACAAAAGACCCUUUCCGUACCAACAUUGUACACAAAUGUUUGUCACCCCAUCCAAAUGUUAGUGAGAUUUGAAUAUAUUUACUACUAGAUGUUAUGCCAUCCUUACUUUGAAACCCUAUCUGUAAUGUUACUGAAAUGAGCCAUCGCUACAAACAAAAGCCUUAUGAGAAAUGUGAUGCACCAUUAGUCUGCUGCUCAUUUGAAUUACCCAUUGUUUUUUUUAUUCUCUGUCAACUAGCUUGUUAAUGUUGCAUCAAUCAUAUGUGGAAAAAAUCAAGGUGUUGAUAGUUUAAUAAUAGCCACACCCUCUCUGUAUACAUUAUGAAGUGAGGUAUGUUAACUGAGCAAAUUUAAAAUAACUGCUGCAGUUAACAGUUGGCUAGAAUAUACUUAAGUCAACAACUGUAAUCCUAUAGUAUUAUGCAGUGACUCCGCCCAUACAAUUUUAAGUUACAUGAUAUAUAGCUAGUCAUUAUGUAAGGCAUGAUGAACAGUCAGCCGGUUGUUUUUGCAAAAUAACCCAACAGGGGUCUUGUAUCAGCCUGAAGGGGUUUAUUUUGCAAUAACAGUCAAAUGACUGUACAUUAUCCCGCUUAUUACAUGGCUACUAACCAAAUAAAUAAAUACAAGAACAUAAAAUAUUGAUUUGCAUUGAAAUUAUUUGAAAAGAAAUUGCUGAACUGCAGAAAUCCUCCAGUUUGCACCGGAGUUCUGUUGGUAUUUAUUUUGUAAUUAAUGACUGUUUGACUGCUGAUUAUGCAUCUUAAUACAAGUCUACUUGACAAAUAAAUAAAUGCACAUGAAACAUU